AUAAGCACAACUAACGACUCGAUGAAAACCAGUUUGUUUGGAUCAGCUUCAGUUUCACACAACUCUUUCUUUAUUAUUAGGAUGAAAACAAAACGGGUUUUAACAAGACUGCAUGAACCAGAAGACUCAUUUACAAACCUGCACUGACACGUUUACAAUCCAGAGAGAUGAACAGAAAUAUGUAUCACUGAAAAUGGACUUACAUGUGUUUAUUUUUGUUUCUGCCAUCCUGACAAUAUCUGAAGGGUUCACAGUGAAGGGUUCCUCAGGUCCUCUGGUUGUUCCUCUGGGAGGUUCAGUGGUUCUGCCCUGUUCUGUUGAUUCACUCUUAUCACUGGAGGAUCUGGAGGUCGAAUGGAGAAGAUCAGACACACAGACUCUCAUUCAUCUGUAUCAAGAUGAAGAUAUCAGACCAGAGUCUCAACAUCAGGAUUAUCAUGAUAGAGCUCAUUUCUUCACUGAAGACAUUAAACAUGGAAACUUCUCCCUACUGUUGAACAAUCUGACAGCUGAAGAUGAGGGACAAUACACAUGUCAAGUUCACACUGGACAAGAGUCUGGAGAAACUGUGGUGGAUAUUAAACAUGUUGAGCGUUUGAUAGUGUCAGGAUCAAGUCCGUCCAUAUCUGCACCUGUGGGUGGUGACGUCACUUUGAGCUGCUCUGUGAACUCUCAUAUCAAACCUGAAGAGAUUGAAGAGGUGUCAUGGAAGAAAACAGAUAAAGGUGAACCCAUCACAGUUCUUCUCUUUCAAAACAAUGAAACUUUAUUAGGAUCAUCAGAUGAACAAUACAGAGACAGAGUUGAGUUCUUCACUGAUGAAAUCCACAGAGGAAACUUCUCUCUCAGACUGAAGAGAGUCACAACUGAAGAUAAAGGAGUUUACAUCUGUCAAGUGUUUAAUGGAGAACUUUCGGCAAACACAACUGUAAUACUGGAGACACUGGGUUUCUCAGUUUUACACAUAAUUGUGUUGAUUCUGUGCAUCACUACAUGUGUAUCGACUCUUCUGUUCUGCUUUCUCAUCUACUGUAGAUCAAACAAUAAAGAAAAGGACGACCGCACACGGCGGCAAAAGCACCGGGUGCCUGAGAUCCACCUGAGAAACCCAGAGGACAGGGAAAUGUGUGAACUGCAGAAAAACCUCUGGAGCCUCAAUGAGACAAGACAAGAUCCAGUUUUUCGUCUUCAGAUGUGUCUGAUCUUCUGUCCAAAUCUCAUCAUGUUCUUUGUUUUUAUCUUCUGGGGUGUUUCUGAAGGAUCUGUGAAUGAGACGAUCUGCUGCUGUGCUCUUUAUUUUCUCAGACCUCUCACUUUACUCUGGGCAGCUCCAUAUAUAAAUGAGUUUAAAGGCUUUAUUAAAGAACUUAUUUUGAACAUUUAUGUUGGAGAAUAUUUAGUUUUGACAGCUGUUGCUUAUUCAGCACUUUGUGCAAAUACUUCGGAGAAACUUCAGAAUUUUGCUACAUUUGACAUGGUCUUGAUCUAUAUCCUCUAUUUAAUAAUCUUUCUGUUCUGCUUAGGUAAAAUAAUUUACAUUGGAGUGACCGUGAUUGGAAGGAAAAAAAAUCAUUAAUUUAUUUAUUGGACAUUUUUACUGAGGUGACCUUUGAGAUUCUGCCUACAAUACAAUUCAUCGUUCUGUUUUAUACAUUUGCAGCCAAAGGAGGAUUCAUCAUCAUUGUUCUUAUUUUACCGAUGAUGCUAACAGCAUCAAAUGAAAGAAUGUUUUGGAGAUGUUAUGUCCACUUCAGA